AAAUUCAAUGAAUCUUCUAAAAAGUGAUUGUUUUAUUAUAACGGUUAGUGUGCUAUAACAGAAUAACAGUACUAGUACAAUCAUCAUCACAUGGUUUUUCUCCGGAAAUAAACACAAAAUAAAAUAACAUUUUGCAUCGUACGUAAUUCAUCGUCAUCAUCAACAAUAACGCCGUUUCCAUCCACAGAACCUGUUGUCCAUUUGCGUGCUCAACUCGCCGCCGAUCUGCUUUGCUUCUAACGUUAUCACUCUGACGUACACCUCUCUCACUACCAAACUUUACGUUAUCAUCAAAUUCUUCUUCAAUUUUAUCUUAAUCUUCUUUUUCACCUCUUUCUUGUUUCAUAGGAAGGAAUAGCUUCUUUCUCAGCACUACUUUGAGCUCAGUUAGUUUUCUGUUACAGAGUUCGUUGAUGAUUAGUUGCUUGUAUAUAUAAUUGUACUUGAUUAUGUGGAUUGCUCUUAAUUGGAACCAUGGUUGCGUGCGUGUGCUGUUUUUGGAUUGUUGGGGAUGAAUUGAAGCUUAGUAACUUUGAUUUGUGUUGUUAAUUUGUUAAUUUUGUACUUUUAACUAAAUUUAGGGUUAAUUAUUUGUGUUGUGGAGUAGUAAUUAGAUUUAGAGUUCUUAAUUGUGAACUGUGAUCAUGGAGGCUAGAUUGGGUGGUGAAGGUUAUCAUUUUUAUGGUGUUGGUGGUUCAUCUGAAUUGACUAGUAUGGGAAAGAGGUCAAGAGAGUGGAAUUUGAAUGAUUGGAGAUGGGAUGGUGAUUUGUUUUUAGCUAGCCGUGUGAAUCCGGUGCCGGCGGAAAGUAUGAGAGUAGGACAACAGUUUUUCCCUCUCGGGUCUGGGAUAUCGGUGGCUGGGGGUUCGUCUAAUACCACCUCUUCUUCAUGCUCCGAGGAAGGAGAUCUAGAGAAUUCUAAAAGAGAUAAGGAAGGGGAGAAGAAAAGGAGAGUUAUUGUGUUGGAAGGUGAUGGUUUGAAUGAGGAAGCUGGUGCUCUUAGCUUAAAUCUUGCUGGACAGGCUUCGCCGGUGGUGGAAAGGGAGAUUGCCACAUGGGAUGGUAUGAAUGGGAAAAAGGGGAGAGUAGCUGCAGGUACUCCGAAUCGAGCUGUUUGUCAGGUUGAAGACUGUGGUGCAGAUCUGAGUAGAGGUAAGGAUUAUCACAGACGUCAUAAGGUUUGUGAGAUGCAUUCUAAGGCUAGUAGGGCGCUUGUGGGAAAUGCAAUGCAGAGGUUUUGUCAACAGUGUAGUAGGUUUCACAUACUUCAAGAGUUUGAUGAAGGAAAGAGAAGCUGUCGGAGACGCUUGGCUGGCCACAAUAAACGGAGAAGGAAAACAAAUACCGAAGCUGUUCCUAAUGGAAGUCCAACAAAUGAUGAUCAGACUAGUAGUUAUCUGUUGAUAAGUUUGUUGAAGAUACUUUCAAAUAUGCAUUCUGACAGGUCAGAUCAGAUUACAGAUCAGGAUCUACUAACCCAUCUGCUAAGGAGUCUAGCUAGUCAGAAUGAUGAACAGGGGAUCAGAAAUCUUUCAAACCUGUUGCGGGAACAAGAGAAUUUGACGAGAGAAGGGGGUUCUUCUAGGAAGUCAGAGAUGGUGUCAGCUUUAUUCUCCAAUGGUUCUCAAGGCUCUCCGACUGCUAUAACACAACAUCAAACUGUAUCUAUGAAUAGAAUGCAGCAAGAAAUGAUGCAUUCACAUGAUGUUACGGCCGCUGAUCAUCAGCUCAUAUCUUCAAUAAAGCCCAGCAUUUCAAACAGUCCACCAGCUUCCUCAGAAGCCAGAGAUAGUAGUGCACCGGUAAAGAUGAAUAAUUUUGAUUUGAACGACAUAUAUAUUGACUCCGAUGAUGGCACGGAAGAUCUAGAAAGAUUGCCCGUCUCUACAAAUCUUGGCACUAGCUCUGUCGACUACCCAUGGGCACAACAAGAUUCUCAUCAGUCAAGUCCACCUCAAACAAGUGGAAAUUCAGAUUCUGCAUCUGCCCAGUCCCCUUCUAGUUCUAGCGGAGAAGCUCAGAGUCGGACAGACCGAAUUGUUUUUAAACUCUUUGGUAAAGAGCCAAAUGAAUUUCCUCUUGUACUUAAAUCACAGAUUCUUGAUUGGUUAUCUCACAGUCCUACCGAUAUUGAGAGCUACAUACGGCCUGGUUGUAUUGUUUUGACUAUUUAUCUGCGUCAGGCUGAGGCUGUGUGGGAGGAUCUUUGCUGUGAUCUGACUUCCAGUUUGAAUAAGCUGCUGGAUGUCUCUGAUGAUCCGUUUUGGAGAACUGGAUGGGUUCAUAUCAGGGUGCAGCAUCAAAUGGCAUUCAUUUUCAAUGGUCAAGUUGUCAUUGAUACAUCACUACCUUUUAGAAGUAACAAUUAUAGCAAAAUUUGGACUGUUAGUCCAAUUGCUGUACCAGCAUCAAAGAGAGCUCAAUUUUCUGUUAAAGGUGUCAACCUGAUGCGCCCUGCCACGAGGUUAAUGUGUGCUUUAGAAGGAAAAUAUCUGGUCUGUGAAGAUGCUCAUGAGUCAACGGAUCAUUACUCCAAGGAGCUUGAUGAACUUCAGUGCAUCCAAUUUUCAUGUUCUGUCCCUGUGACGAAUGGAAGAGGAUUUAUUGAGAUUGAGGACCAGGGUUUGAGUAGCAGCUUCUUUCCUUUCAUAGUGGCAGAAGAGGAUGUUUGUUCAGAGAUCUGUGUGCUUGAGCCUUUACUAGAAUUAAGUGAAACUGAUCAAGAUAUUGAAAGGACUGGAAAAAUUAAAGAUAAAAGUCAAGCUAUGGAUUUCAUUCAUGAAAUGGGCUGGCUUCUUCACAGAAGCCAAUUGAAAUCUAGGAUGGUUCACUUGAACUCUUCUGUAGAUCUCUUUCCAUUAGAACGGUUCACAUGGCUUAUUGAGUUUUCCAUGGACCAUGAUUGGUGUGCAGUGGUGAAAAAACUGUUGAACCUACUGCUUGAUGAAACUGUGAAUAAAGGAGAUCACCCUACCCUGUAUCAAGCACUUUCGGAGAUGGGUCUCCUUCACCGAGCUGUAAGGAAAAAUAGCAAGCAGUUAGUGGAGCUGCUUUUGAGAUAUGUUCCUGACAAGGCACUAGUUGAUGGAGAUUAUCAGAGCUUCUUGUUUAGACCUGAUGCUGUUGGUCCUGCUGGUUUGACACCCCUCCAUAUAGCUGCGGGAAAAGAUGGUUCCGAAGAUGUACUGGAGGCUCUGACUAAUGAUCCAAGCAUGGUGGGAAUUGAAGCAUGGAAGAGUGCCCGUGACAGCACAGGCUCCACACCUGAGGAUUAUGCACGAUUACGUGGUCAUUAUACUUACAUUCACUUAGUGCAGAAAAAAAUUAACAAGAGACAAGGAGCACCUCAUGUGGUGGUUGAGAUUCCCAGCACUCCAACAGAGAGCAAUACAAACCCAAAGCAAAAUGAGUCGUCCACUAGCUUUGAGAUUGGAAAAGCUGAAGUAAGACGCAAUCAAGGGAACUGUAAACUUUGUAAUACUAAAAUUUCUUGUAGAACUGCAGUAGGAAGGUCUAUGGUAUACAGACCUGCAAUGCUCUCUAUGGUGGCCAUAGCAGCAGUCUGUGUUUGUGUGGCUCUUUUGUUUAAAAGCUCACCUGAAGUUCUGUACAUGUUCCGACCAUUCAGAUGGGAAUCAUUGGAUUUCGGAACAAGCUAAGUUUUCAUUGACUUGCAAGUUGCAACUAAUAAAACUUUAUAGGUCAUGUAUGGAUGCGUUCAUGAACUGAAUGACCGAGAUUUAGGACUGGUUCUUUUCUUUGUAUUGGCUAAAUUGUGCAAAUAUUAUUUACAUAUUUAUUAUCCUUCUAUGGAGUAUGGACAUAUACUUGUAAAAUGGAUGUGAAGACCUCUUUUGUUAAAACUCAAUUUGUUAGGAUCCUUGGUAAUUUAAAUGUAAUAUUAUUUGAAUGGAAUCUUCAGUGGAAUACUUGUCUUUGAAUGAAUGACUAAUGUAACGUUGAUUGGGA